GACACAACUCUCAUUCACCGGUAUACCUGAAACCAAAACAAAACCACGGUCUUUCUUUAAGUAAACCAUCUCUUGACUUUCACAUCAGUGGGAAUAGGAACGCAUAAGUUUUGACAUCUGAUAAGUAUUGUAUUAGUGGCAGGGUUGUUGUUUUUUUUCUCCGCACGAUGGGUACAAAGUUCGGGACAGUUUUAGUUACCAUGCGUUUUUUAACUAAUCUAUGAUGCGAUCUCGUCUGGUUCUGUUUCGGUUUUGGCAUCAUGGAUGAUGUAAGCGCGGAGACCGGAGCGCUCGCCGGGAGCCCGAAUAGAGAUGUCCGGAGUCACCUGAACGGAGGGAACACAGCGGCUCAAUUCACAGUUUACAGAAGGAGAUGGUUCAUUUUAUCUGUGCUCUGCCUACUGAACUGUUCGAACGCAGUGCUAUGGCUGACUUUUGCACCUGUGGCCGACCAGACAGCACAGUACCUGAGAGUGUCUCUGGAUCAGGUCAACUGGCUCUCCCUCAUCUACAUGGUGGUUGCAAUUCCCUUCAGUUUCAUCACCACAUGGAUGCUGGACACACUCGGACUGCGCUUCUCGUUAAUCCUGGGCUCUUGGCUCAACAUGUUGGGUAGUAUCCUGCGUGUCGUUGGCAUUCUGAGCUGCAUCCCGGAGUGGGCCGUGUUCCCCCUGGUGAUGGGGGGCCAGACACUGUGUGCCCUUGCCCAACCUUUGGUCAUCUUUGCCCCCACCAAACUGGCAGCUCUGUGGUUCCCAGAUCACCAGAGGGCCACAGCUAACAUGAUUGCUUCAAUGGCAAAUCCUCUCGGACUGCUUUUUGCGAAUAUUUUCUCUCCCAUGAUAAUACGUUACACUAAUAAUCUUCUCAUGCUGCUUUUCAUAUAUGCUAUACCUGCCAUCGUUGCCUGUUUCCUAGCAACAGUGGGGAUUCGUGAACGCGUUCCCCCGACACCCCCGUCUGCCAGCGUGGUGACCUCCAGCACUAAACCUUUCCUACAGGGCAUAAAACUGCUACUGAGGAACAAAGCAUACUUGAUCCUGCUGGUGUGUUUUGGUUCGGGUAUAGGAAUAUUCACCUGUUUUUCCACCUUGCUGGAACAGAUACUUUGUGUCAAGGGAUACUCAAAUGACUUUGCAGGACUAUGUGGUGCAGGUUCCAUUGUUUUUGGCGUUGUGGGCGCUGGCGUCUUGGGCCUUUAUGUGGACAAGACAAAGAAGUUUACAGAGGUCACCAAAAUCAAUAUGUGCCUGACAUCCCUCGGAUGCACUGCUUUUGCGGUGGUUUCCCUUUUAAGGGACCAGAAGAUUGCCAUUGGUGCUGCAUGUGCAUGGUUUGGCCUGUUCGGGUUUUCUGUAUAUCCCAUCGCCAUGGAGCUCGGAGUUGAGUGUUCGUACCCUGUGGGUGAAGCAACAUCAUCUGGACUGAUCUUCAUAUCUGGACAGGUUCAGUCUGUCAUCUACAUGCUGCUUCUUCAAGCUCUGACCAAACCGAUGGCAGACUCUACAUUAUCUGUCUGUGCUGCUGGAGGAGAUGCCAGUCUGAGCUGGACAGUGCCAGUGCUGGUGAUGGCAGGACUGUGUGCUCUGGGCACCUGCGGCUUUGUGGUGUUUUUCCAAACGGAUUACCAGAGACUCAGUGCAGAAGCCACAGCCACACCAGAGACAGAGACUGAGCAGUCAACAGCAGGAGACACCUGGGCAAACAGCACUGACGCUUGACGGACUGAUCCGACAGCAAGAGAAACCACUGAAAAUUUUAACCAAGACCAAAUGAUUUUGCAAUCUAAAUCUCUAAAUGUCAAUCUCAGACACUUUAUGACCCUUCUUGCUUAGAAGUAUAGGGUGCAGAGAUUUUGUAAUUGUUAUACUUCUGUGUAUAUAAGAAACUAACACUUUGCCUUAUGUGAUAGUAGGAAUAAUGAAUGCAAUGUAUAUGCUGUAUAUAUAAUGUAUAUGAGGAGGUUCAAAUGCCACUGAAAGUGAAAUAAUAAUAAAUAAAAAUAGGGGCAAAAUUUGACCCAUAAUGAAUUCCUCUGUUUAGGACUAAUUUUAUAUAUUGUAUAAAAUACGAGCUGAUGUUUAUUGAAUUUUAUGGGUAAACGGUCAUAUAUUCU